CUGAGGGGGCCGAGCCCGCCGGGUUUCCGGGAGUGGGGAGGCAUGGAGCCAUCGCUGGCAGGGGCUGCGGAGGCGGGCGACCGCUUCCGUGCCAGCGAGCACCAGCACGUUCGGUACAACCCGCUGCGGGACGACUGGGUGCUGGUAUCGGCCCACCGGGUAAAGCGCCCGUGGCAGGGUCAGCUUGAGAAGCCGCCCCCCGAGGAUGUGCCCCGCUGGGACCCCAAGAACCCCCUCUGCCCGGGGGCCACCCGCGCCAACGGCGAGGUGAACCCCAAGUACGAGGGUACUUUCGUCUUCCCGAAUGACUUCCCUGCACUGCAGCCCGAUGCUCCAGAGCCUGAUGACAAUGAUCACCCCUUGUUUCGAGCUGCCCCAGCCCGGGGUGUGUGCAAGGUGAUGUGUUUCCACCCCUGGUCGGACCUGACGCUGCCCCUCAUGUCCCUGCCAGAGAUUCGAGCUGUCGUCGAUGCAUGGGCAGAGCUGGCAACGGAGCUGGGUGCUUCCUACCCCUGGGUGCAGAUCUUCGAGAACAAGGGAGCCAUGAUGGGCUGCUCCAACCCGCACCCCCACUGCCAGGUGUGGGCCAGCAGUUUCCUCCCGAACGAGGCGAGCCUGGAGGACCGGAGCCAGCGCCAGCACCUGAGCCAGCACGGCGUGCCCAUGCUGCUGGAGUACGCUGAGCAGGAGGCUGGCCGAAAGGAGCGGCUGGUGGUGGAGAAUGCAGACUGGCUGGUCGUGGUGCCAUACUGGGCCACCUGGCCCUACGAGACCCUGCUGCUGCCCCGCCGCCAUGUCUGUCGCCUCCAGGACCUCAGUGACAGUGAGAGGGACAGCCUGGCCUCCAUCAUGCAGAGGCUGCUCAUCAAGUACGACAACCUUUUUGAAGUCUCCUUCCCCUACUCCAUGGGCUGGCACGGAGCCCCCACAGGCUCCUACCUGGCGGAGGACUGCAGGCACUGGCAGCUUCAUGCCCACUACUACCCCCCUCUGCUGCGCUCCGCCACCGUCCGCAAGUUCAUGGUGGGCUACGAGAUGCUGGCACAGGCACAGAGGGACCUCACCCCGGAGCAGGCAGCCGAGCGCCUGAGGAGCCUCCCCGAGGUGCACUACAAGAAGAGGGCUGAGUAGGUGUGAUGGGAGCAGCAGAGCACCCAGUCCUCGCAUGAAGGAAACAGAGUGAGAGCGAAGCCAGGAUGGGUCCCCAGGAUGCCAGCUUGCUUUUUAACCCUUCCCAUCCCGCUUUCAAAUUCCUCUUGGGAUCAGAGAUGCUCAAAAAGUAUCUGUCUGGUUCCAGCUGCUUCCACUGCGCUUCAGUAGCAGCAGGACCCUGCUCCAUCACAGCCCGUCAGGUCACCUCAGAAGUAGCAGAUCCAUUGGCACAGGAGAAAAGGAAUGACCCCCACCCUCUGCUGGGGUCUGAAAUUCCCUCUGCCCUGGAAAGGACUAGCCGACACAUCAGGAACUCGGAAUGAUUAUGAUAAAACCUGUGGGACACCAAGGGCAUCACUAUGAUUUGUGCUGUCUAAAUGUUAAUCAGAAUAAUAAUGCCUAUUGAGACAGCUGUUUUAAAAGGCUGUGAUGUUGGAGUAAAAAUUCCAAUAAAACUCUAUUAGCCCUUCCUCGUUACACU